AAUCCACCAUCUUCUUUCCGUACAGAUGACUGCCCGCAAGACAAACCGGAAAAAGGAAUCGGCAAGGCAAGACCAUUCAGAGGAUAUCCUCCCCAUGUGCCCGUUUCUAAACGAAGAGGUUCACAAAUGUCUGGUAGAACGAUGCAGCACAGUGACUUGAUUACAAAUCGGUGGGAGAACUUGCAGUUGCAAUUGGCCGAAGCACACAGUCAAAACGUUCUGCUUCAGAGACAACUCCAAGAAUGUCGGGUGGAACUCAAAACAGUCCAGCGGCAGAAUAAAUUACAAGCGGCGCGUUUAAACAAGGCGAUUGGACAGGAGGCUGAUAUGCCCCGCAUCCUCGAUCACAUGACGGCUGACAUUCGAUCACUCCAGGCCCGCCUACGUGAAAAGACCAAUCAGUGUUACGCGGCGCAGCAGAAAAUCUCUGAGCUGCAGAGACGAAAUGCAGUUUUGCAAAAAGAAUGUGAUGAGAAACAGAACUUGCUUCUUCCGGACGGCAGUGUGGUUAAGAAACAAGUAGGCAGAAUGGAUGAGAUUCUCGGUGAACUGGAUCGUGAGAAGAAAAAAGUUGCGGCGCUUCAACAUCAAUUGGAGGUGGCCAAUCGAAGUCAAAAGCACCAGGCGAACAUUGCAAAUAACCGUAUUCGUCAACUUCGAAAAAAUUGUCAUGAAUUGGAAUCCCAACUUGCCGACCUCACGCAGAGGCUCCAGGAGAAAAUCAAACUUCUUGAAUUGCACAAUAUAUACAGCCAGCGACUGCCCAGAUGCAUGCCCAACUAUUUGCCGCCUGCGCAUGCGAUGACACCUGAAGAACAGAAGGAGACACCGCGGGUCUCGAAACACCUCACACAAGUCACAUCUCACCGGACUAUGGAAGUAUGCGAAGAAUCUGCUUCGAAUAAAACCCAGCGAGUUGCGCAACAGUUGUACGGUCGCACCAGUCCGACAAUAUCUUCGACAGAGUCUGCCAGUUCACCCUCCUUCGGCAAGCAGGAUGCCAUCAUUGAGAUGGUGAGAAAAUCAACCGAGUUGACUUCCCAUCCGAAUGGAUUUGUUUUCGAGAAGACAGUGUCUCAAACCGCUCAGUCUCCGUCUUGUACAAGCCCGGUGGAAAUGGCUGAGAACCUGUUCGUUUUGACGGCAAAGGAAACCUCAGACACUGGUGUAACCCAACUAGAUGAGCUCCUUUCAAGCCACACGUCAGAGGUUGUCCCAAAUGAUUAUUCGAAAUCAACAAGAAAUACUCAGCUUCCUGGGGAGGAACAGGGUGACCAUGAAAAUGAGGGACAAGUUGAAGUGAGUAAAUAUCCUACCAGUCUCCUCUUCUGA